AGCAGCAGUACUACGUCUACGAUCUACGGGGAUAGAAGUUUUCCAUAACUUCUAGCGACCACGAAAGUUUAAGUUAGAUUGUGAAUUCGAAUGAAUUUUUGAAGUUUCUUCAUCAGCAAGGAAAACAUCAACAUGGCAUCCUCAGCGACUCUCUCAACUGGUGCCGCCGCAGGCUCCCAUAUGCCAGUCAAAAAGCGAAAGACCCGAUCCAAGCAAAAAAAUCUACGAAAAGACACGCGGUCAGAGGAGAUCAAGCGGGGUCUUUUCGGCGAUGCUAGUGAGAUGACUGCAGCUUCUGGAGAUAAAGCUGCAUUUGAGAUGCACAAAGCGAAUCGAGACAGAUGUUACAACUGCGGCAAAUUCGGCCACUGGGGUAAGGACUGUCCUGAGCCAAGGAGAGCGAAGAAGGAGGCAGAGACAACCUCGUCAGUAGCGACGACUUCGGAAAAGCCCGAUAAUCAAAAGGAACAAAAAGAAGAUGCAUCAAACGCGGCGUCUUCAUCGAAUGUAGAAGAAACAAGUGUGGCCUUACUUUCUGCUGGUGAAGCAGUAACAUUUACACCUGCAGCUGCAGAUGCAGUUUCAGAGAAGAAGCCUGAGAAGGCGGCAGUGGCAGUGGCACCGGAGAAAACAAAGAAGCGGAAGAAGAAAGCAGCACCCUCAGAAGAGGAAGCAGCGAAGGCCCAGCCUACGGUAGUAGAAUCAGAGGCAAAGGAAGCAGCCGCUUCUAAAGCUGGUGAAGCCUCAGCGACUGCCGAUGCAUCAAGUGCUGAGGGAGUGACCACAAAGAAGCGUCGCAACCGCCGACCCCUGAAGAAAAGAAAAACAGACGCUGAUGGCAGCGCAGGUCCAAAGCACACAGUGUUCGUAGGUCAACUGCCAAAAGGGGAACAAGAUUCUGAAACGCUAAAGAAGGACUUGAUAGCACACUUCGCUACCUGGGAGUGUACGGCGCCAGUGAAAAUCGACUAUCUAUCGAAGUCUGGCGUCGCCUUCUGCGAUUUCGAGAAUGCGGAGGACAAAGAGUCCGCUUUGAAGUGGAUCUAUCGUUCAUCGUUUAGGGGAAAGAGGCUGUUGUUGGAGGAUAAGAACAACGCAGGAUCAAGCACCUCUUCAUCAUCAUCAUCAGAUGGUCCAACUAAAACUACGACACCAUCAGAGGCUCAACAAUCGCAGCACAAAUCCAGAGUCGAACAGAUGCUUUCUCAGUUUGCGGAGCGAGCGCCAGGCUUGCUAGGAACAGUGGACGAGAGGACAAAGGAAUUCCUUUACAGUGUAUCGUUGGGGACUGUGGAAGCAACUCUAGCAGAUGCGUCGAAAGCAGCGAAAAAGUUGGAUAAAAAGUUGACAGAUCAAGAGCAGAAAAGCAAGUUUUUGAUGGGAAUGAUCAAGAAGAGGCUCUAACUUGUCCAUGACUGCACAAACAAAAAAUUGUUUUGUACUGCAUUUGCUAUUUCGUCAAACAUAAAUCCCCUACAAGCUCCAUACUGCAUCAACCUGCGCAGCAGCAGCUCCAUUUUCAUACUCCGC